AUGAUCUACAUAAUAGACUUCGUGCCAAAAUAUGAGAGAAAUCAUCUCCUUCAGGCUGGCGAGAAUCUGUUUAUGAGAUCAACAGUCGGUAUCGGGAACAGCUCAGCUAUCUCGAAUGAGCGAACAAGUUCCACUGCUGUCUUGAACAGCUCAGACCCGGUAGUCCAGCGAAUCAUAUCUCGUGCCUCCUCUUUUCAAGGCUAUACGUCUUUGGAAGAUCACGAACCACUUCAGAUGACUCGAUAUUCCGCCGGCCAAGAAUUCAAACCUCACUGGGAUCAUAGACAAUUUGAGCCAGUGCCAGAGAACGAGACGCAACGUAUUACAACCUUUUUCGCCAUUCUUGAGGCAACUUGCGAGACGUGCGGAACGAGAUUCCCAGAUUUGAGAAUUGAUUGGUCGAAAGAGGAUACGAGGUGGUGUCAGUUUGUUGAUUGUAAUGACCAUGAAGGCGUUACUAUACGACCCAUUCCAGGAAAUGCUUUGUUUUGGAAAAACCUCGAUAACGCUGGGGCUGGCGACCCAAGAACCCUUCAUGCUGGGCUUCCACCUAUAGCAGGAGUCAAGACUGGGUUGGACAUCUGGACGCAUACCCCACGGUUAAUUGAGUAG